AUGGCAUCAUCAUUUGGUCAGAUACAAAAUGGUGAAGAAGUGAUGCCAGUGGUGAUGAUGCCAACUGUUGAUGAACCCAAUUCUGUAAUAGACCAGCUCAACAAUGAAGUAGGACAAGCAUUUAAUGACCUUGAUG